AUGGCCUCCGAGGAAGCGGGCGGUAGUCCUCGUAGGUCUCGGCGGGAGUCGGAGGGGCGCGCCCGGGGACAGGACAAGUAUUCCGUGCUUUUGCCCACCUACAACGAGCGCGAGAACCUACCGCUCAUCGUAUGGCUGCUGGUGAAAAGCUUCUCCGAGAGUGGAAUCAAUUACGAAAUUAUAAUCAUAGAUGAUGGAAGCCCAGAUGGAACAAGGGACAUUGCCGAACAGUUGGAGAAGAUCUAUGGGUCAGACAAGAUUCUUCUAAGACCACGGGAGAAAAAGUUGGGCCUGGGAACUGCAUAUAUUCAUGGAAUGAAACAUGCCACAGGAAACUACAUCAUCAUUAUGGAUGCUGAUCUCUCACACCAUCCAAAAUUUAUUCCUGAAUUCAUUAGGAAGCAGAAGGAGGGUAAUUUUGACAUUGUCUCUGGAACUCGCUACAAAGGAAAUGGAGGUGUAUAUGGCUGGGAUUUGAAAAGAAAAAUAAUCAGCCGCGGGGCCAAUUUUAUAACUCAGAUUUUGCUCAGACCAGGAGCAUCGGAUUUAACAGGAAGUUUCAGGUUAUACCGAAAAGAAGUUCUACAGAAAUUAAUAGAAAAAUGUGUUUCUAAAGGCUAUGUGUUCCAGAUGGAGAUGAUUGUUCGGGCAAGACAGUUGAAUUAUACUAUUGGCGAGGUUCCAAUAUCAUUUGUGGAUCGUGUUUAUGGUGAAUCCAAGUUGGGAGGAAAUGAAAUAGUCUCUUUCUUGAAAGGAUUAUUGACCCUCUUUGCUACUACAUAAAAGAAAGUUACUCACUAUACUUAUCAUGUUGAUUUCAUUUAAACAUAAAAGAAGCCUGGUUGCUGAUUUUUAUAAAAUGUACUCUUAGAGCAUAAAUCAUAAGAAAAUAUUGCUGCUUUCAUUAGAGUAUGUGCAGAAUUUUGUACAUAGGGGAAGAUUUUGAAGUAUAUAAAGAACUGGACUCAUAGCUCUUUGUAAUAGAUGUCAGAAGCAAGAAGAAUGUUAAUUUAUUCAUGAAAUAUAUAUGGCUAUUUCUGUAUUAAUGAAUAAGUAGACACCUCUGCCCCUUCUUCAAAAAUGUAUCUCAGAUUUCUUAAACUAGAUAAAAUAUGUUUAGGUCAUGAAUUUAGAGUUGGGCUGUUUGUAGCUCUUGAAUUGAUGAAGCAUUUCAUCUGUCACAGCAAGUCUGUUUCACAUACUGUGAAUUAGAAACUUGACAUCUCUUGAUUGCAUAGCUACUAUUUUUUCUAUCCUGAGCAAUAACUUCUAUCAGUAAGAAAAAAAUACUGAUGACAUUAAGGCAUCAGUAUUUUGAUGACUUCGAGACUUAGUUGCUAUAGUAAUUUUUAAACCUCUUGCUAAGCUGUAAGUGUUCCGCUGGUUAAAAUGCUCCUUAAGUUUAAGCUGUUCAUGAAAGCCAGCACAAAUGUUCUGUUUACCUACCUUCUCUAACCUAAGUGUUUCAAAAAAAUAAAUAAAUAAAAUAAAUUUCUGACUGUAGCAUAGCUUAUGGAGCUGGUAGUACCUUUUAAAUUUGGGGGAAGGCAUAUUUUGAGCAAAUAAGCUUAAGUUUAAGUUGAUUGUCCUUUGCAAGUAAAAGGAAGAGACCCCUCUAAGUUAUUUAAUAAGCAUAUUUAUUGAACAGUAUUCUUAAUUAAAUUUUCCUGGCUUAAUUUGGAUGCUAAAGAAAUUUAAAAUCUGCUUUUUCCCUUGCAUUUCUAACAGAUCCUACCAGAAAUUAAUACCAGACUAUAAAACCUUUGGUGUCAUUUUGAACAUUACCUGCUCCCAUAGUUGAAUCCAUAGGACACAUUCCAAUAAGGACCUCUACUAUUCUGUUUCCCUUUUACAGAGCUGUGUAGCCAGCCAGCACACCAGGGACCCACCUUCCUGGGGGAAAUGACUUCUUUCAUCAUUAAUAGUAACUAGAAAAAUUCAUCACUGUUUGAUGUAGAAUUACCUAACGUAAUAGAAAUAUAAUACCCUUUUUUUGUUGUUGAGUGUUUAGAUUCUCUUCUACUUCAUCUAAACCCAAAGUUUUUAUUGUGGAGUAUGUGGAGCAGAGAUUAAGUAAGUACCUCAGAGAACUCACUAUAAGUAUUGCCUUCUCAAACCCCAGGAGAGUAGAUAGCUAUCUUUUGCCUUUUUAAUCUUUUUGAUUCUUAAUUCCAGUCACAACACUGUCACUACUGGAAUUUAUAGUAGAGAAAACAUUUGAACAGCAAGACAUUCAUCAUGUAGCAGUUAUUUAGAAAAGAAUCUGAACUAUUUAGAUGGUAUUUUUUUAGUAAAUCUAAUAAUUUAAGCACUAAAAAUCUUAAAACAUUUAUAUGUGAACCUAGCAUCUCUCUUUAAUUUUUAAAUUAGGUCAAGGAUGAAAUCCAGAUGUUUUCCCUUUGUAUUUAUUUGUAUUACCACUCUAUGAAAUCUAAGUAUAUCUAAGGACAACUGAACUUGUGAUAAAUUUUGCUUAUUUCAUAGUUGCUUUUGCCUGUCUUCUGUAACAUGUAAUUAGAUUCUUCAUCUUUGUUUCUCUAAAUCAAAUGCUUUGGUGCCACCACCACCCCCCCCCCUUUUUUUUAACUUCUCCAGUUCUUGUUUCCCCUUGAAAUACUGAUUUGGCUUUCAGAAAUUAAU